UCUGCAGCAGAAGCAAACAGAAAACCAUAUCAUAUUCUGAGCACCAGAAACUAAACACACAUCCAUUGUUACCAACUUACCAAGAAGAACACAGUGAGAAAAAAAUGGAGGGUUCUGAUAAGGUUCUUUUAUUAUCAACACCAACUAGGCGCUCUGUAACACAAGAGCCCUCUGCAUCUGACGAAAAUGAUCAAUAUUAUCAGCAAGUGGGCAAUUCCCAUCUGCGGAGCCCAAAGAAACCAAUGGCAAAGAAUUACAUGUCCCCAACUAUAUCUGCAACGUCCAAGGCCAUUGUUUCAAGAAAGAACAUCUUAGGCGAAAGAAAUGAGGCAUCCGAACCCAAAUUUUCCAAUACCCUUGUUGAAAAGUUCUCCCAUAUAGGUACUGAUAAUGGUAAUGAUUCUUUAUCCCAAGCCUUGCCAUUAACCCCUUCAGUUUUUCAAUGCCAUGAUGAUGGUAAAGCUCUUUCUGAUAGUUUGUCUUCAAGGCCUUAUGACCCUAUAACUAAUUACCUUUCUCCGAGGCCUCAAUUUCUCCGAUACAACCCAAAUAGGCGCCGGGAGCGUUUUCUUGGCCUAGAAUAUGGCGGUACCGAAAGAAAUGAAGACUUGGGUAUUAGUAGAAGUGGUUCUUUCGAUUCCCAGAAAGCUAUUGAUGAGGAAGCUGGAUCUAUUACCACUCCAAGUUCUUUGGCUUCUCCCCGUCAGGAUGGUCUUCUUAGCAGAAGUGGUUCUUUCAAUUCCCAGAAAGCUACUGAUGAGGAAGCUGGAGCCGUUACGACUCCCGGUUCUUUGGCUUCUCCUCGUCAGGAUGGUCUUACUAAGCAAGGAGAUGCAGAAGUUGAGGUGAGUGAUGGAGAAAUUGAGGAGAGUGAUGAGGAAAUUGAGGGAAGUAAUGAGGAAAUUGAGGAAAGUGAUGAGGAAUAUGAGGAGGUGAAGGAAGAGAAGAAGGGUUGGAAAUUGGAAGGGCUUUUAAAAAGUUUGCUUCUUUUGUCGGUUCUAGUACUCUUUACCUCACAUAUAUCUACUAUGAACCAUCAAACAGUCUUUGAAGGCAUUCAAGAUGAUGGGUGCAUUCAGAACCUUACACUUGAAGCUGCUUUAUUGAAGAAACUUGAAAGUAGAGGUAUGCUUUGGGAUGGAAAAGAAGAAAGACAUAUGGGUUUGGUGGAAAUAGGGGUUGAGGAGGGAAAGUUGGUUGAAUUUGAGAGUGGAAGUGAAAUUAUGGGUCAAGGAGAAAAAGAGACACAAAUGGAUUCAUUGGAAGAAGUGUUAGAGCUAAAAGACGAAGAAAUUGAAGCUAUGGAAGUGACUGAACCAGAAGAGAAUGGAGUAAUAGAUGAGUUGGGUGAAAAACAAGUUGAAGAUAUUGACGAAACUUUUGAUCGAAUGGCUGAGAAUUCUGAUCAGAUACCUGGUGAGGUUGAUCACCUCAAUCUAGUGUCUGAUGUUUCAAAUGAUCUUGAAGAAGAAGGUAAGGUUGCCGUGGAGCAAAUUGAUGGAAUGAUGGAGAAUAAAAUGGAGGGAGGACUAGAAGAAUAUUUCACAAACAUGAUAGCUGAACCUGCUAUGUCAGAGACCAUGGAUAAUGGCAAUCUAGUGUCUGAUGUUUCAAAUGAUCUUGAAGAAGAAGGUGAGGUUGCAGUGGAGCAAAUUGAUGGAAUGGUGGAGAACAAAAUGGAGGGAGGACUAGAAGAAUAUUUCACAAACAUGAUAGCUGAACAUGCUAUGUCAGAGACCAUGGAUAAUGAUGAUGAUGCAGGCUUUGAUGAGAUUCUCAAGUUAGAAGCAGAAGGGAACUGGAGGGAGGAGCUGAUCACCCACAUGAAAUUGAAAACAUUUUAUACAGCUCUUGUUGGGGUUUCCAUAUUUUCUGUGAUUGUUGCAUCUCUGGUGUUGGCGUUUCGCUUUAAGCAAAGGAAUGGUACAAAAAAGGGUUCUUUUGAGAUUGAAAAUCCUUGUGCCAAACGUCUGAUAAUAGAGCAGAAGAAAAUCAACGAGAAGGUUUCUUCUCUGCCCUUGAAACCCUAUUCAGAACCUGUGAUAGCAGAGAAAUACAAGCCAGUACUUCCCAAUAGGGUAGAAGACAGCAGCAUUGAGCAUGUUUACUCUUCUUUCAGAAGGAUGUCUUUGUCUUCUAAGCAUUCAACUGAAGCAGCUUCUGAAGAGAAUUACCAUAGCCAGGCACCGGCAGUUGAAUUGCUUGGUGAAUUUGUGGUUGGAGAGGUCAGCAGCUCAUUAAGGACCUGUAGUAUGAAAAACAAGAUCACAGAAAGUGAAGAAAUCAACUAUUCUGUUUCUUCAAAGAAGAAAUUGGGGAGCAAGGUUCAGUCUGUUUCUUUUCAAGUGCAUCCGACUGCGUCAGAGUUUUCUUCCAUGGAUUGCCCUUCAUAUGGAAGCUAUAUUACUCCUCAGAAGAUCAUGAAGAUUAAGGAGGGUGGAAAAGAUGAAGAAGUUACAACUCCGCUGAGACGAUCAAGCAGAAUUCGCAACCGAACGGUCGCGUCUCCAUGAAUCUUCUGGCCUUAAAUUUUAUGUUCUGGCUUGCACACCAUAACACACAGCAGAUAUGUUGUUUCCUAGUUGAGCAUUCUUCCACUGAAGAGUGUCUGGAGAAUUUUGGCUGUGUGAAGCCGAUUAGUGUCGAGAAACUGAUUUGUUUUCAAUCUGUCUGUAGUGUAGGGCACUCAUUCUUCAUUUGUAUUUCUAGAUUAUCAGAAAUUUGUAAUUUUUUUAGCAGAA